GUAUUGCAAUGUUAAUUUUACAGGAAUCUAUCUAGGUUGGUGAACCACUCUCAUGCAGAAAUACAAAACUGCUUCAACAAAGACGAAAUUAUGGACAAUAUGCACGUGUUUAGUGGAUUGUGUUGGGCCAACGGCACCUUCACAGCGUUCCUUGAUGAAAUGCUUGCAGGUUUCGCUACAGUUAACUUCUUCUGGGAGAGUGAAUGCUCCUACCAGAUAGAGCCUUUCAUUCAUGCCUGCCAAUUAGAGACUAUAAAUCCGCUGAAGGAUAUGGAGGAUGGUCCAAAUGAGUACAAAAGGAUCAUUAUAGAGAGACAGAUGUGCAUUUCUGACGGUUUUGAUGAUGGUGACGUGAGUUCCUGCGGUAACGUAGACAGUCUCAAGAGACUUGCCCACAUCAUGGAACUUUUCUUCACUGUUGGACCUGGUGUGACAUUCCAACUGUCAGAUUUUGAACUGCAAUAGUUACGAACCCGUGCUUUGAGAUACCGUUUGCCUAUACAGGUAUCAUGACAGUGAGUUAUAGGAGAUACUGCUGUCUAAGUAACGUUAUAUUCAUUGAAUAAUAUUCAAAAUAACCUGUGUUGCGUUCAUCAUGAAAUAAACUCCAAGACCGUCAAUAUUCGUUUUGUUCGUAAUUUCGUUUUUAUCGCAAUUUUCUUUAGCAAAAGCACACAAAACGUACUGAUAUUAUGUGUUUUCAAAGUGUGCAUUUAAAGUGGUUUCAGAAUAACCACAUGAAUAAUUGUCUUCAAUAUAUUUUUUUCUGAAGGAACGAUAAAACCAAAAUAGCUUGUAACUGAUCAUUAAGAAAUGCUUUCAGAGACUUUUUUUACCGAGCAUCUUCCGAUUUCUGUCAUUCUUAUAGGAUUUGGAAAAAUUCGACGAAUUAGAGACAAUGUAUCGUGUGACAGUGUGACAUCCAAACACAUAACUAGCACUUCUCGUCUCAAUGUUUGAACAAUUGUACCAAAUCCGUAUGUACGUUUUGUUUAGUUUACAUCUCAACAUUUUAGAAUAUAUAUGUAUAUUUUGUUUUUAUGGAAAAUUAGGAAAAUAAACAUAUUUACAAACUC